AUGAAGUACUACGUGAUGGAUUUCCAGCUCAGAGUGACUGAGGAACUGAACAAUUCGUUCCUGCUGGCCGUUACGUUUGGUACACUUUACUUUGAUGGUCUUAUAAGUUCCCUGGUGGAACUUGUCUACCGGAAGCGGAUUUGUGCUCUUUACAAUGACAUGAUUCGAUUAUGGGAUCAGCUGAGCGUGAAUGCACCCGAAGAAUUCGAUAGGAAAAUGCUCAACCAUUUUGUAUUUAAACUAUACGCUAUCGAUUUGUUGUGCAUAAUAGUUGCUGUAACUAUCAGGACAGCCCAAUAUUUGCAGUCAAAAAGCGCACUAGCAUUUUACAAUAUCCUUGGAGUUAUCAUGACGGUCGGAUUCAAUGUAACAAUCAUCAAUCUGUUCGUUAUCGUUUGCUACAUUGGGGCCCAUUGUUAUCGAUUACUGAAUUAUCGGCUACUCUUGAUUAACCGAAAGCUUAAGUUGAUCGAGAAUAAGUUUCUGGUGUGCAAAACUGUAACGGCCGAAUUACGUCAGCUGGCGCUUUGGCAUCGUGAAAUUAAUCAGUUGAUAUUAUAUUUUAAUGUUGCCGACCAUUCGACUAAAUCGAGAGUCGCCUUGUUCGGUACGUACGUUUUGGUGGUUAUGCCUCUAAGGGAGAAUAAACAGCCGGAGAUUGGAGGCUUUGGUUACUUGUCAUUCCUGUCGGUCUUUUAUUGCUUUCAAUUCUACUACUUGGUGGAUAGUGCAGCAUUGUUCACAAAAAGGGCGGAAAAGACUGGAGCAAUUGUAGAUGACUUUUCCAUUAGACAUUCGAGAGAGUUGAUGGAUAUAAGAAUUGAGACAUUCAGCCUGGAACUGCUGCAUCGCAGAAAUAAACUCGAAAACUGUGGCUUCUUUUCCAUCGACUACUCACUGAUGUACGCAGCUUUGGCAACCAUGAUAAACUAUCUCAUAAUAGCAGUACAGUUCCAAAUAGCGCACUGAGCACUAGUUACGAAGUUUAAUGGACGCGAGAAAUUCGAGUGUUAAUAAAAGCGAAGAGGGUCAAAAUUCAUAGUUCUCAAUUGAAGUCGGUUGAAUAAUACGCUGUCUGGAACACAAAAAUAUGAUUAAUAAAAAAUAUUGGCUUGUGCGGUUGUCAGUACAUGAAAAAAAUUUCAUUUAGUGAAAAAUUCGUUUUGUACUAGAAACAUUAUUGUAAUCAACCAAACUUUUAGUAAAUGUGAACUUUCGGAUUGUUCGGAUUGUUUAAGUAACAUUUCUGCGACAUUUUUAUGU